AUGUCGAAUUCACUAUUCAAACGAUUCGAACACAAGACUCCGCGCUACUUUGGACGCAAUCACAGAAGAGAGAGCAGUGCGUUUCUCGGAUUUUAUCACCCAUUUCUGAGCACUUUCUCCUAAUUUCCAACUAAAUGUUAAAGACAAUUCUUUUCUAAUUGUUCCAAGUUAAUUUUCAGUGGGACUACUGUCAACGCCAAGAGACUAUCAUGAGUACAAACUUUUACGGGCACAAAAUAACCAGAAAGAGCUGUGCGACAUGGAUUUGUGGCUCCUCUGCCAUCCGGAUAACGAGGCCGCCAGAGGUACAUUCGAAAAUGCGCAACAAGUGUGCUUUUUUCCGUCAAAUUCAAAUGAAUUCUCGUCGUUUUGCAGCGCUCUACAGAACGAUGAUAUCGGCGGCGGAACGGACGGCUCCGCAGGUGUCUCACGACGAGAUUGUCAGCUGGCUGGCCACCGCAAUUCGAUGCCAUCCGGCCAUGUUGGUGCCACGUGGCGAGGGAUUUCACAUCGAGGAGAAGUACGAUUUUCAAGCCUGCCGACCCAUUUUCAAAAAUCCGAUCGGACCCAAACUUUGCAAGCUUUGUGGUCUUGGAUUGGGGAAUGUUGGGUGCAAGUUUCAGACCGAUCGGAUCUUCUGGUCAUGAGAUAUACUGGUUUGAGGCCGAAAAUGCCGGGUUUUGCGGAAAAUACUAUAUCUCUGGACCAGAUGAUCCGAUCGGUCUGAAACUUGAACUCAAGACACUUCAAUCCAAAUGCAAGAAGUCUGCAAAGUUUGAGUCCGAUCGGAACAAUCCAACAGUUCAGAAUUUCGAACAUUUCCUUCUUCCUUCAUCCAAAUUUGUUUGCAGCAGAACAGUUCCGGUGGAUGCGCGUGGCGUCGAAUGGACGUGGGCGGUGGGCGUCCAACAGGCUCGGUAUUUGCUCGAAUACCUCUCGAAGUGCACGUUCCAAAGACUUUCCGUCGACGAGCGAGCCAACAUUUUGUUUGGUACGGUUUCUAUGAACAUUUUGUCAGAUUUGUAGCGUAAAGGACAAAAAAGAUCCCAAAUUUUGCAAUUUUCAGCCCUGUUGCGCAUCUUCAGUGACCGCGACCAAGGCCGGAGUGUCUCAGAGUGCCGUUCCGCCGAACCCCUCUUCCGUCGGCUCCAUCCAUCGGAGUGCCGAGUGGCCACGAUCGAAGCGCUCGCCGCCGUCUUCUUUCAAAUUGCCAGUACGUUUUCCGUCCUUCCGAACCCAUAAUUGAAAGGAAAUGCUCGAAUUUUUCUGCAAUUUAUUCGAAGAAUUUUCCUAAAACUCGUUCUGAACAUGUCUAAUCGUGGUUUUUUUCGCUCCAGACGACGUGGCGACGAUGGCGGAUGCGAUUCGAUGCGUGUGGCGGCUGCUGGACGACGAGCCGCUGGUGAUGCGUCUCACAUGCGAGAUUCUGAUGUGCCUGUGCCAGAGAUCGGAAGUCGCCGCCACGCUUCCCGAUUUUGCUGUAGGUUUUUUUUGAAAAUUUUUAGAUGAAAAACAGUUUUUUUUUCUGUCGUCUCAUAGUUUUCCCAAAAUGUUCUCAAUUUCAGAUGGGCGACCGGAUCUACUGCAAGCAGGUGAAAGUCAUCAUUCUGGAUUUGACGUCGGACGCUCACGAGCAAGUGCCCGAUGUGGAGGAGAAGAACAUUCUGAGCGAUCUUGUCAACGAACUGUUCCACCUCGAAAAGAAGGCGUCGGAGGAAGCGGCGGCCGCCUCUGUAGCUCCCACGUCAUCGUCCACGGAUUCGGGCGGUGCGGAAGCCGACGAGGAGCCACUUCCCGAUUCAGAAGACGAUUAA